UAAAGUAUCGAUCGAUUUUACUCGUUUGUUUACAUUUGUUACCUCAGCAACUGCCUUUUCUAUUUUAUAAUUCUUUAUUACAUAAUAAAUAUUGUACUAUUGAAAUUUUUUAGUACAAAAUUAUAGUUAACUGAAAAUUAAAUAUUGUUAAAUUAAUAAAUAUGGCAAAAUCCAUUACUACAUAUGAAAAACCAACACCUCAUAUUGGAUUACCUGAUUGGUAUACCAAGCAAUGGGAACUUCAAAAAAGUGCUGAAAGUAAAAGAGCAGAUGCAUUUAAUUUAAGAAAUUCAGGUAGAACAAUAAGAUCGGAAACUCAAAUAAAAACAGAAUGGGACACUCAAUUAAAUACAAUUCGACUCAACGACAGAGUAACUGAACUAUCUCGCUGGGAGAAUAUAUUUCAAAAAUUACUCGAACACAUAGAAACGGAAAUUUGUCUUUUAAAAGAUGGAAAAUCUGAUGCCGAGAAGGAACAUGAAUUUAUUAAUAUACCAUUGCAAAUUACUUCUCAAUGCAUAUCAAUGCGAGAUUGUCGAAGAGGCACUGAAUUGACUUAUGACGAUGGCGACACAGAAUUGAAAAAAGAACUCUGCAUUUUAGAAGCAGCAAAGAAAACACUAACAAACAAAAUACAAGCCGCUUGGGAAAGAUUGAAUCGUCUGGAAAAAGUUAAAUUCAAUCUCAAUUUAGAAUUACAAGACAAACACGAAGCACUUGAAAUUGAUCGAACAAAUUUUACAUUAAAUCGUACUUGUGCCAAUAUCAGUUACAAACCAAAUGCAUUGAGAAUGCCAAAAGAUAUGGUAUCUUAUGAAACAUGGUUGCAGCAUUGUCAGCAUGUAAAACUUUCAGCUGACAAUGAAUUAGAAGAUAUGUACAAUUUUAGAGAAUCUAUUCAAGAUGCAAGAGAUAAAACAAGAAAUGAUAUUAGAGCUCAACAAGAUUUUACAGAUUUCACAUUGAGAAAAAGAAUUUAUCAAACACAAAAAGCAAGAAAUGAACUCGAUUGGCAGAAAUUGAAAAUGCAAAGAGAAAUGGAAAAAUUACAAAAAGAGAUAACACUUUUAGAUGAGGCGAUUUUUGCAAAAAUAGAUUCUAUUAAAUGCGUUGAGACAAGAUUGGAAAAUCGAACAUGUCGUCCUGGUUUUGAAUUGUGUCGUGAUCAAAGUCAAGAUGGAUUAAAGCAAGAAGUAUUACAAUUACGGCAAACUAAACAAAAUUUAAUUAACGAAAUAAACAAUGCCAAAGCCACAUACAACAAUUUAGAAUCACUGUUGAAUCGAAUUAACAAAAAUUUAGAAGAUAAACAACAUUCAUUGAUGACUGAUAUAAUGUGUUUGGAUAAUCGUUCAACUUUAAAAGUUGGCGAUCGAGCACGACUUACUAAUGAAACGGAUCGAAAUAUUGUCUUAACACACAUGAACAAAGAGAUUCCUCUAGAAAAUUAA